GGCGCGGCUCCAGCAACGCGCAAGGAGGCGAGGGCGCCUGGAGUGUUCUGCGAUUCAUUGACUGACUCACCGCGCACAAAUCGGAUAGCGCUUCGACCGAGUAAGUUGGCUGACCUUGAAAGAGAGAGAAACUUAGCUAAGUAACCGCUGGCUUUCGCUCGUUUGUCUGUCGGUCAGUCUUUAGUUUUUAUAUGUUUUGCCUCGGGCUUCUCUGCGAGUGCUGUGUGUUCUUUGGAGGUGUGUGAGUGAGUACAUUUAUACUAUAAGCGAGGGGAAAGCGUGCGGCCAACGCGUUGGCAGUAUGAGUUUACAGGUGGGCUCGUUGGCUGAUAGGUUCGCUGCGUUCUGUCAGUCUUGCUCCUUUCUUUGUUGUCUUUGCUUAGAGUGCUACGCGCCUUGUGUAUCUACGUACGAAAAGAGCGGCGACACGGUGAGAGAGAGAGUGAGAGCGACCCGCCGAGAGUGAGAAGGCAGAGCGCGCGAGCGUCCAGAGAUGUCAGCCGGUGGGUGCUCCCCCCUGUGAAGUGUUGCGCCGAUCGCCUUCCACCUUCGUCCUUUGUUGUCUCUUUAGAAUUCGCGCGGCCAGGACCUUGAACUGUCUUCGAAAAAAGUAAGGACUUCGCAAGAAUAAAAAUGGGUCCCGAUUUGAUGGGUUCCUCUUGGUCAUGUUUCAGGGUAAUUGAAGGUUACAACUGUACAUCAUGAGGAAAGAGAGUUUGUUUCAUGUCUGAGCGGGAAUUAAAAUCAAGACUCUUAAAGAGCUGAGUUAAAAUGCUGGCCAGAGGAUCCUGUUCACUGAAGGCUCGACAAUGUGAAGAGAGAAUAACUGAGAGAAAUUACUGCCUUUCUGACUGACCUAUCUUCUGAUUUUGUUCUGAUCCGUGAAUGCCUGUAAAUGUGCUUCCAAUUAAGGCCUAUAUGACCAUAUCUUUUCUUUCCCCUUCCUCUCCUUCCCUUUCGCUGUCCUGCUAUGUGACGAUGACUUACUUAUUACUGCUUUCAUCUUACCUGGUCUGCUGACCCUCCUGACUCUAUGCCUUCCUGUACACUAAGGUCGUCCUUUCCCGUCUCCUUUCUGCUCCACUAAUCUUACUUGCCAAGUUACUUGUUAUAUUAACAGCCAAUUGAGGAAUUGCGGCUUGUUUAUUAAAUGUCUACAGGUGCAUCCUGGUUACAGUAAAAGUUGACGAUCGAAUAUCUAGAACACUGUGUAAGCACUAUUAUUGUUGUACAAAGUUUAUGAGUAAGUAAACGAGUGAUUGUUGGAUGUGUUCUCCGGUUGGCUCGUCGUCUUGUCGGUGGCUGUUCGUCGGUUUGCACGCGCUCUCUAUCUGUCAUCUCAUCGGUUGUGCUGUAUCAUGUUCUUACCACUACACCAUCGGUUGAGGCUUUCAUAAGACGGUCUGCCAAACCGUGAUGCACUUUGUGAGGACCCUAAGGUUGGCACCUUGUCUCCUCGUGCUGGGAGCUCUGGGCUGCAAGUGGUGCUUAUGGCCCAGAGCCCUGACCACAUCCCUCAAUUGCUUGUCGGUUAAAUAAAAUUGACUACCAACAAAAACCCUCCCCUUAACUUUCAGCGUGUGCGAUUAAGAUUAGAUCUUCUAUUAGCAAGGUUAGUAAAACUGAAAAACCUACAAUCUAUUUCAUACAUCAUAUUAGAUUCUAAGAGUCUUGAUCAUCUUCAGUUUAUUAUUUUUUUACUCACUGCUGCUGCUGCUGCUGCUGCUGCAUGCCUCCUUCUGCAGCAGAAGUCAGAACAUAGAAAAGCAGAGAUAUUACACUGAUCGGUAGCUAACAAGUACUUUAUUUUCGAGGAGGGUGACAUGAAGUAUCACGUAGACGCGCUUGGCAAAUGAUGUAGUCUUCGAAAUAUCACUAAAGCUACUGGUCCCUUUCGCGCCCUCUUCCUACGUGACGCACGCAUUUCCUAAUUCGAAGGACUGAUGAUAUUUGCAGUUAUAUACUCAGAUUUAUUGACUUUUGACAUGAAUAUCAUGAGGAGAAGACAUCUGACAUUGAUUGUAUCAUAAGGUAGAGACGUUCGAUAUAUUGGUACAGACAAAUUUUCGAACAUGAGAUACACAACAUUCAUCAAAUACACAGCAUUCAACUUUAGGGCCCAGAUUUCAUACUGCCCUGCAGUCAAAAGUCCCGUAUUAAAAAUUGCUGCUUUCUCUGCGUGCACCAGCUCCUCACGUUCGUCAUGACGCCGUGGCGACUCGGGUACUCCAUUGAACACGUAUUGGAUGUGGAUUGGGAGAGGCUCAAUAUUUUUGGGUUGUGAGAGAGUCUAUUUUGACGAAAGAGAGAGGGAGAAGUAUACUACCGGAACGAUGACGACUACAACAUCAUACCGUAGUAUGAAAAUGAUUAAUAGUCGGCGAAAUUUUUCCUGUACGGAGAAGAAAUAGUUUUCUUACACAUAGGUUCAUUCUAUGAAGAAUAGCAAUUUUGAAAAUUGAUUCGAUUGUAAAUAAAAGAUAAAGAACAAGUCUCUCUGAUUCAUCUACAUACGACUUGUUUUACUGGCGUGAAAAAGUGGGGAGCAAGGGCCUAACAACAUGACAUCUCCGAUACGUGCUCGAAAAGGUCGCUACCGCAUAUAAGUCCAGGGCGCUGCAGAACGAUGGCCCGAUCUGCUACGACGAAAGCGCUCCUCGUAAGCAGCAUGAUGCUCUUAAGACUCUGGUUAUAGUAAAUGGACACUGCUAACUCUGGUAAGUAACACUAUACGUAUUGGUAUUGAAGUCUUUUUCGAUGGUCGUGAAUCAUCGCGGUCGUAUACAAAGUGAUUAACGACUGACAGGCUAAGUACUUUCCCGCCUGUUGAUGUGGACUAUGUCGUCGCAGACCAAACACUAUUUCGCAGCGAUAAUUGGUUAUCCUUCUAGGCUACUUCUAAUACCUCCGACGGUCACAAAGGCGGCGAUGUCAAGUCCGCCAAUGGGGUGGAUGUCCUGGGAACGCUUUCGAUGUGAGACAAACUGUACCGCGUUCCCUGACGAAUGCAUCAACGAAGAGCUUUAUAGGGGUAUGGGAGACGCCCUGGUAUCAACAGGCCUAGCAGAAAAGGGAUAUACUCAGGUAUUCUUCAAGUGGUGAUCCUGUUGUUGCUGUUGCUGUUGGCAAUAUGCGUGCGCUGGUGUAGUUGGUGAGAAGGGGCUCCCAAGGCAUGUACAUCAGAAAUGAACCAAAUUUAUACGAAAGGGUGUCGGCGUCGGCUGCAUUCAACAAGUUCUUGACUUCCUGUUCGUACACAACUAGGUUUCCAUCGACGACUGCUGGAGCAAGGGCCGAGACGGCAAGACCAAUAGGCUACUUGCGGAUCCAGACCGAUUUCCGCAUGGAAUCAAAGCACUCGCAGACUAUUUGCAUGAGAAUUAGGGCUACCGCUGGAGCAUCCUCAGCGUGACUCUUCCUGGCUCUUUUUCUACUUGAAAGUAGGGCCAAGGAUGCUCUCAGGGAUGCGACCAAGCUAGCUCUAAGAGAAAGGUCUCAAAUUAGGCAUAUAUUCCGAUGCAGGAAACUUGACAUGUGGUGGCUAUGUCGGGAGUCGAGGCUACGAAGAGCUAGAUGCACAAACAUUUGCAGACUGGGGUGUUGAUUAUCUCAAACUGGAUGGCUGUUACAUCGACACAGCGGAGGAAAUGGUCGAGCUGUACACAAAGUUCGGCGAAGCUCUGCAUUAUGGGCAGAAAUUUCUUGUUCAUCUUUUUAAUUUUCAUUCCGUCUUGUAGUUUGUUCAGCAGCAGUUUCUGUCAUGGCACAUUUUUGUACAACCUUGUGAACAAGUUCGUACUAUUUGGCUGAAGAAUUAUAGUAACGUGGUUAGCUUCAAACUUUGAAGUUCAAACAUUUGUUAUCUAUUUCUAAUCGCCAAAAGUCUCUAGGAAGAUCGGCUAUUCGUGCUCUUGGCCAGCGUAUCUUGGGGACAAUGAGACGCAGAAGCCCUACGAUACGAUGUUCAAAGCUGCCCAUUGCGACACAUGGCGGAACUGGGCUGACAUCGAUAACAGCGCAGCAAGUAUGGUCGGCAUCCUCAAUCACUGGGCUGAAUGGACGAAAACACUCCAAGAGGUACCUCCUAUGUUGUACUGCAACUGUUGAUGUGGAUCAUAGUUAGAAAUACUUUCUCCAACUAGAAUUACGACACGACAGAAGUCGUACGAGUCAGAGGUUGCACUAUAAUCUUCGUUCUUGUGUACAGAUUUUUUUCGCUCUUGACAUUUUAGAGACUUGUUCUAUGACAGCAAAAAUACGCAUCCAUGCUAAAAAUACUGUUUAGUGGUCACAAAAUAAGUACAACUUCUACGCUUACUGAUACUGAUUUGAAUCAUGUGCUUCUGAAUUUCAAUGGUCAAGGUCCCCGCUCCCGCGUUUAACGAUCCGGAUAUGAUUCUCGCGGCUGACGAUCAUUACGGGAAGGUUUUGUCACCCUCACUUGCAAAGACGCAGCUCACAGUGUGGUCGAUCGUGAAAUUACGCUAAGGUUUUUCUAGUAGGCGUCUUAGUUCGAUGAAUAGGACUAGGAGUAUGCAUAAGUCGAAGACGAGUUAUGCCUCUACUUAUUUAUAUUUUGAAUCAUCAACUUUCGCAUUCCUCUAAUAUUCGCACCAUUAUUUUUAGCUGCUGACCUUCGGAAACUCGCAAAGAACGUGGAUAAUCUGGGCUCAAACUAUCUACCAUUAUUGAAGGACGACACCUUUCUAGGUGUGGUGCAGGACUCAGGGGAAGCAAUCGGCGGAUGCGUGGUCGGCUGUGGCGGCGAAUUGUCGUCCGUGACAAAAGGUACAGGUAGAGAGGGAGCGCCAGUAGAGUCGGGCGUAGGUCUAGCAGAUGUUGAUGUAGGAAGCAGCGCCUUGUUGAGCAAGUUCAUUCCUACUGGCUUUUCUAGUAGUAGCAGUGCUAAGACCGCAGAGGAUAUUGCACAAGAAGGAGGAAAAGGAAUCAGUAGUACAGCAGUGAAUACAAGGACUCCCGUGACAGGGAAAAGCCUUUCCAUGACGGCAGGGACGAAGACAAGGAUUGAGAUCACAGGAGAAACCGAUCAUCGUAGCAACCCUGUUCUUGUCCCAGCUGUCGCCCCAGCUGCGGACGUCCAGAUAUGGUUUCGCCGGCUGAGUGACGGGAUUGCAUUGGGGUUCGUCAAUUUGAACGACACCUGCACUGCUAACGUAACCCUCGACGUUGAUCCAUUGUUACUACAGGGUAUGAACGAGGCGUGGAAAUUUACAACUGCAUCGCAGGAUUUAGGGUCGGGAGAAGGAGAUGUGCAUGUGGGAGAGCCUCUCUCUUCGAUAGCAGUAACUACCGAUGACGUCGAACAACUGGCUUCCCGAAGAACAAGGGCGUCAAACGAGGAGGUAGCUUCUUCUUCAAAAAUAGCGUCAUUAGCAGAUAGAGUAAAAGUUGAGCCAUCACUAGUACGUGGAUCACGAGUAUCUUCAGGACAACGAACGGAGCCGGACAAGGUCCCGUGGUCUGUAGUUCUGCAACCUACGGCGAGUCGACUUUUUGUCAAGAAGGAAGGAAAAAGAACUUCACCAAUCAUAGACAUGCUGACACGUAGUUGGUCACUUCAGAAAAUUGAAAAAAGUAGAAGUACUAAAAACCAGAUCAUGGAGUUGCAGCUGGAAGCCAAGUCCUCCGAUCAGGAAGAAAUUUUCUACGUCUAGUACCUAUUGUCUAGAAAAUCAUGAGUUUGAUUUCUUCAUAAAUGGUGCCGUACUAGUUUCGAAUCAUGUCAUCUAUGCUCAGUCAUGACUUUUGGAAUUCCGAACCUUGAAAACAUUUUUGUCAUUCUUCAUCGCGGCUUUUUAUAAACGAUAGCGAUCUCAAGCUCAACAACGGUCCUCGUGUUGCAGUGCGAGGAUAAUCGGAUUUUGAAUGGUAGUAGUCACUACAAGAAUCGUCCAAUUUGAAUUUUUCAAGAGUAUGUCUUUGCAAUUGACUUACUCAAUACUGUCAAGUUCUGUUCAAGAUUUUAUGAAGAGAAU